AUUUACCUACGUUUUUGUUAGUUGCUAAUAUAUUUUUAGCUCUAUAGGUCCUAUAGUGUUGCAUAGUCAACCUGGCUUGGCCUGACAAGGUUGACUCCACCAAGAAACAUGUUUAAAAAAUGGAAAAAGGGAGCUCAUAUAGACCCACAGAGGGAAAAAGUUAAAGAAGAUAUAUUUAAUUUCAAAAAGACAGUUGAACAUGGAUUUCCACAUCAUCCUUCAGCAUUUGAUUACGACCCAAUUCUUAAACUCAUGGCAAUUGGAACUAAAACAGGAGCCGUCAAAAUAUUUGGAGCUCCAGGUGUGGAAUUUACAGGAGUUCAUCCUGAAGUGAACCAAGUUUUACAGCUUCAUUUCCUGCAUGGCCAGGGUCGCAUAGUAAGCAUCCUGGAUGACAACACAAUGCGAAUGUGGGAGUUAACCAACAUCAAAGAUGAUCCUCUGGGAUCACAAGUUCUAACAGAAGUAGGAGCAUCAGAACUUGCUGGAAGGCCAAGCAUGAACCAAAUCACUGUAGUGUCCAUUCGCUCAAGCAACGAUGUGAUGUGGGUGGGAACUGAGGGAGGUGGAAUUUAUUCAUUAACUCUACCUGAUUUUAACCCUAGAGAGGGAGGGACCAUCCACCAGGACCAAGUUAUGCAAAGUAUUCCUGACCACUAUAAAACAGGCAAAGCACUUGGCCCUGUCGAAGCAAUACAAGAACAUCCAAACAACCCAUCUCUUAUUCUGAUCGGAUACAGUCGUGGUUUAGUUGUUCUGUGGAAUGACUCAACACAGAGCGUGGAUAAAUAUUAUUUGAAUGAUAAGGCACUUGAAUCCCUGUCAUGGCACUCCAACUGCCAGGAGUUUAUAUCUGCCCACAAUGAUGGUUAUUUAUGUACAUGGAGGUUAGAAUCUUCAUCGCAACAUACAUCCUACACACCAUACGGUCCUUUUCCAUGCAAAGCCAUAACAAAAAUCUUAUGGAAGUCAUCUAGAAACGAUCCAUACACAGUAUUCAGUGGGGGCAUGCCACGUGCAAAUUAUGGUGACAGACAUUGUGUUACUGUAAUGAAUGGAUCCAAACAUGUCACUUUUGACUUCACAUCUCGCGUUAUUGACUUCUUCGUCAUUUCUAAGAAUCAAGUCAAUGCUGAGUGGGAAGAGCCAGAGUUCCUCAUUGUCCUCGCUGAAGAAGAGUUGAUCGCGAUUGAUCUUACUCAAGAAGGAUGGCCGACCCUCACACCUCCCUAUCUCGCCUCUCCUCACGCAUCAGCCAUCACUUGCUCCUGCUAUGUGGAGGAGGUGGAUGAGAAGAUUUGGGAGAAGAUCUGCGAUGUAGCGAAUGAAGGAAAGACGAAUAAAUCGACUUCAGCAUGGCCAAUAGUGGGCGGGAAAAAUCUGUCAGCGAAGCGUGUUCUUUCUCACAACUUAUUGAUGACUGGCCACGAAGAUGGAAGUGUAAAGCUAUGGGAUAUAUCAAGCACUUCCAUGUUUCCUCUGAUUAAAAUUCAAACCUCUACUGUGUUUGUGACUGAUUCAGAUGGAGCAAAUGAUGGAGAUGCAUUUGAAGAGCAGUUUCCUCCAUUUAGAAAGGUUGGUGAAUUUGAUCCGUACAGUGAUGAUCCAAGGUUAGCUAUUCGUAAAGUAGCCAUGUGCCCUAACACUGGUACAUUGGUGGCUGGUGGAACCGCUGGCCAGGUGGUUGUCUUCAUCCUUUCCUCCGAGAGCAUUGAAAGUUUCAUCACAAGCAGCGUGAUUGAUUUGUUGGAGGGUAGGAUGGAUUUUACAUGGAAGGGCCAUGAUAAGCUGGACACAAAGGAUGAUCAUAUAUUAAUGAAGCCGGGUUACCAAGUAAACAACAUAAUACAAUGUCAACCACCUGCCAGUUUAACCUCCAUCAAUAUAAACGCUAACUGGGGUCUGGUUGGCAUAGGAACAGGUCAUGGCUUUGCUCUCUUUGAUUAUUUGCAGAACAAAACAGUUUUGUGCCGAUGCACGUUGGAGGCAGGAGAUCAGUCUGCCAUGGAAGGAAACUUUUCUAGGAUCAAAUCCUUCAAGAUGUCCCUGAGACAAUCCAUGAGGAGAAUCCGAGGGAGCAUCGGAGGCGGGGGAUCGAGGAGGAGACGAGGAUCACGCAGGAGAUACAAGAGGGAUAAUAUGUCACAGAAACUUCAAGAAGCGAACAAAGCUCUUGUUGACGAGGAAGAAACAGCAUCAGCUAGUGGUUGGUCGCCAGCAACAACGGGGCAACGAAGAGUGGAAGCAAGAUCAUCAGAUGACGGGAUGACGGGGAUGGUUAGAUGUACUUACUUUGCCACAACGUUCGUUCGUGACAGUAUCAGUGCCACGCCAACAUUCUGGGCAGGAACAAACUCUGGCGCUAUAUACGUGUUUGCGUUACAUGUACCCGACUACAGUCAUAGACAAGACCAUGAAGUGACUUCAGUCGUUGGCAAACACAUACAACUCUUGCACCGAGCACCAGUGGUUGAUAUUACAGUGCUCGAUAACCUGGGUAUCCCAGUACCCACCAGUGAUGCCAAACAUGAUGCCAAACCAAAUAAUGGUAAUGCUGUGGGCAGAUCUUCACCGCCUGCAUCGCAACACCAUUCCCUAGUUAUCUGCUCCGAGGAGCAAGUCAAGGUCUUCACUCUUCCAAAGAUCUCGGCGAAGAGGAAGUUCAAGCUCACAGCCGUGGAUGGAUCCCUGAUGAGGAAAAUCUCGUACGCUAAGUUUGUUUCAUCCAAAAAUCCAGAUUAUCAUGAAUAUGCACUCGUAUCACUCACUAAUAUAGGUGAAAUGCACAUCCUUGGCCAACUACCAAUGUUACGACCACAGGAAACAUACUCGUGCAUAUCAAGGGAUGAUCCUAAUGGAAUAGCUUCGUGUUUGCUUACUGGAAGCGGCCAGGGUAUUUACCUUAUCUCGCCUUCCGAGUACGAGCGAUUUUCUCUAUCCACUGUUGGCAGCAUAGAGCCAAUGUGUCGUGUCAUUCGCAACAACAUGGCCAACCACUCGACGGAGCAAGAGGUCAAUGAAACAAAGGUUGAAGUCGUGGUGGAGGAAAUAACCAACACGAGUCUUGAGAAGAUGAAGACUCCUCCUCGGAAGCGGGAGGGAGCUGCCGUCGUGGCAACCAAACCAUCUUCCCCAAAGACUCCCCUUCUCGGAGACAGUGAUGAGUACGAUGAUGAGGAGGAAGAUGACACUCGUCAUGUUGAAAGACACGAAAGUGUCUUGGAAGAGGCGGAGAGAACGCUUGCAGAAGUGAGCGAGGAGAUGGGAGACGUUGAUGAAACAGACGAGAUCAACGUACAGGAUCUUCUCGGGACGGUAGCAGAAGCAGAAAAAGUUUUGAACGCUGCUUGAAUUUCAAAUAAACCCGAUGACCUAAUGAACUGCAGCAAGUGAUUGGCAAGCGCCAGGAUGUUGACACGUGUAAAUAUCAAAGCUUUUACAAAGUCCGCGAAACUGCGAUUAGAUAAAUUUUAAUGUUUUUUGAAGGCUGUUGUAUUCUGUAGUAAAACGGUGGUAGACCCCAAUCUUUUACACCUUUAUUGAAAAGGUUGUGGUACAGUUUAGUUUUCAUGUACGGCAUAGUUUUAUGUGUAAUAACUUUGUAAUUUUCCCUUUUUUAAUGCAAUUGAGCGUGGGUGCGUGUUGUAAAAUCAUGUAAAAAUGGCCACCACCCCAGUAAGCCAACAUGCCCUGGUGCUUUUUAGCUAAAGUAGAAGACUGGAACUCUCAUAUUUUAACUUUCCAGAGCUGUGUGCCUGUCCCUUCAUCUGCACAUUCUUUGUACCAAACUAGGAUCAUUUUAGUCAAAACUUUUUUCGGUUUUAGUGUUCUUAAUCCUUUUAAUUAAUCUUGUUUAUCUGCUAAUAUCUAAUUUGUGACAAGUGUUUAGAAUUUUACUCUUUUUUUAUGUAACAUCGCUUAUGUAAGUUCUUAACGGUGCACGCUACUAAUUAUAAGUUUUGAACUAGAAGAAAACUAAGCUAGCACGCUGUCGUCUUUCGUACCAAAAUUUUUAGCAUUUACUUUCACAAUCUAUGCUUAUUUAUUUCAGGUACGAUUCCCGAAUGGUAAUUUUCAUUUUAAACCAUCAUUUGUUAAUUAAAAAUCUUUUCAGUCCUACACAAUUUCUGUAAUCAAUUUGUUUGUUCAUCUUGCGUCAUGUUUCAGUUGCCACAAUAUUUUUACACCUGGUUAAAUCGUGUCCAGAAAUUUUAUGAUUUUUUAAAUUUUGGUCUAAUUUCAACUGCUUGGUGAGCUUAUAGUAAUUAUAUAAGAAUGUAUUUACAAUGCAUUGCGGUUUAACUUUUAAAAACCCUUUAAUUCCAACUCAUAACAUUCAAAGUAACUCAUAUUUUUGUGAAAAUGAAUCAUAUGCGCUUACAUUGAGGUUUUGUUAAUUACAAAUUGAAUGUGUCGAACCUCAAUUGACCUUUUUCUAGUUGUAUUUAGUGCUUUUGCUCUAACAUUGUGCUUGUAAAUUCGUGUUGGUGAUGCUUUCUUUUGGUAUUAAAUAAAUUAACAUGUGUAUUAA